AUGAUACUAAACGGAGCGGCGAGACGGUUAGCAACACAGUCUAUGUCAAAGGAUGGUGUUUUCCAGUUUUCAAAACUAUCAAACAAGUCAUUUGUGAAGAUUUGGGGUCCGGAUACAGUGAAGUUCUUGAAUGGGCUUCUCACUACAAAGUUACAGCCAUUCUUCCUUAAGAAGAAUCUGACCACAAUUAGCGCGAACGACACAUCACAGGAUAAGUCUUUGUAUUUCCCUGUGGAUAAAACCAAUUGGGGGGUUUACCAAGAGAAGGGGCCCAACGGAGCUUUCAUCUCAAGGUUUGGACAGUACACGACAUUCCUCAAUGGGAAAGGAAAGCUACUGACGGAUUCCGUACUAUAUCCAAUACCUUUGACCCACAGUGAUACCAAGUACCCAGAGUAUCUGUUGGAGUUUGAUAGCAACAUCGCAGAACAAAUGCUAGAAAGACUCGCAGCCCAUAGACUCGCCAGUAGAAUAAAGUUAGAGCUUACCCCGAACCUAAACUGUUUUGAUGCUUUGAUACAGUUUAAAGCAAUGGACCCCACGGGAAGUAACCCAUGGAUCGAUAAUCUUUUAGACCCUAUGAGCUCGCUGAAAACUCCCGUGGAUGCGUUGCUCUUCACCCAAAGUGUUGUCGAUUCGCUCUUCCAUCAGUCUUCACGCGGGAAGAUUGUCGGUAUGUUUGUCGAUAAGAGAUUUGAGAGACUGGUGUACAAAUACGGAAAUGCACCUCAGGUGUUCAGAAUAGUCACCACAAGCGAUGUAAACGAUCUGGGGUCAAUCUUCAAUACAAAGACGUUUCCAUUUGAAUUCGACAUCGUUGAGAGUUCAGAAUCAUCCGGAGCCUUCAAAAAGUUGAGGAUGCAGAAUGGCUUCAUUGACGGAAUGUCCGAUGUGCAGCCCGAAACCAUCCUGCCAUUGGAACUCAACUUCGACUAUAUCCCCAAUGUGAUAAGCGAAAACAAAGGGUGCUAUAUUGGCCAAGAGCUGACUGCUCGAACAAUAUCCACUGGGAUAUUGAGGAAGCGCGCCAUCCCAGUUGCACUGACAGAGAAGGUCGACUUGGGGAAAGGGUACUUGGAGGUGGAUUUGGAUGAAAAAUACGACGCACUAUUCAAGAACCAGAAUACACAACAAACGACAAGCAGCCCGUUCGGAUCCGCUACUGCAGCAAAGAAAAGGAAGCGACCCGUCGGGACACUUAUUUCACAUGAGGGAGACUUAGGACUUGUUGUGCUACGGACCGAGUACUUCCCACUUGCAUUCGAAAAGGACAGCGGUAACAACGAGAAAUUCUACAUCACGCACAACGACAAGCGUAUAGGUAUUACACCAAUAAAACCGCUGUGGUAUGAUGAAUGGAAACAAUCUCAAUGA